AUGACUCCAGAAGGUAGGGCCAUGAAAGAUCAGAAACAAGGCUGCCCUCAAGGAUCAUGCAGUGGUCCCGCUCUCUGGAAUCUCGUAGCCAACGAAAUUCUCAAGAAGGUCUGGCCAGAAAAUGUACACAUCCAAGCCUUUGCAGAUGAUUUUGUACUGGUUAUCGAAGCGGACACAAAAAAUAGCCUGGAAAGAGAAACUGAACUUGCAAUAGCCAAAUUUAACUCCUGGAUAUCUUUGACACGUGUCAAUUUAGUAAAGGGAAUCUUAGAUAUCUCGGAAAGAACCAGAAGACUCCGGAAGCCCUCCAACUACUUAGUUAUUAACCUUGCAGUCACAGACGUCAUAAUGCUGCACAAAAUUGCAAUAUUUAUCUACAAUAGUUUCGCAGGCGGGCCAGCUGCUGGACCACACUGGUGCACCUAUUAUGGCCUAAUAGGAGGCCUCUCUGGGACUUCAGCGAUUAUGACUAUUGCUAUGAUGGCGUUGGAGAGAUUUAUCUGUGUGUCUCGACCUCUCGAUCCAGCCAGCAGAAUGACGAAACAUCGAGCCCUGUUAAUAGUCGCCGGCAUAUGGGUUUACUCUGGGACAUUUAGUUUCAUGCCACUGUUUGGCAUAAACGCCUAUGUCCCCGAAGGCUUCCUAACUAGCUGCAGCUUUGACUACCUCACUGAGGAAAUAGAGAGUCAAAUUUUUGUGUAUUCUUUCUUCGUCGCAGCUUGGUGCAUUCCGAUGGUUAUCGUAUGUCGAUGCUACAUCGGGAUUGUGAAGAGCGUUUGGGACAACCAGAAGAUGUUUAUGAGCCACUCGCAGAACUUCGGCGGCCACGACAGGAACGUCGAAAAUCAAAGAAGACUGGAGAUCAAGCUGGCGAAGAUAUCCUUCGCAUUGAUUUCAUUGUGGACAAUCAGCUGGACUCCCUAUGCAGUUGUUGCCCUGCUCGGACUGUCGCGGUACAAGUAUGUACUGACACCAUUCUCUUCAAUGAUUCCAGCGCUGUUUUGUAAAAUGGCAUCAGUUCUCGAUCCGUUUGUUUAUGGAUUAUCCAAUCGCCAGUUCAAAGCUGAGUUGAUCCGAAAAUUGCUGAUGUUGUGCAAAUCUAGAAAAUUUCAGGGUCAACAGAGAAUCCCUUCAUUCAUCCGGAGAGCGAUGUCUGUGAAAUCUCAAGGGCGCACUAUUUCUGAUGAACCAGCUGAGGCCUCUUUUUCUGACCCACCCCAAGAAAUAGAGUUUAAUGCCACUUUCGUGCACUCAGUAGAAACCAGAGAAGAGGACCUCAAUCCACCUGCUGAGGAACAGGAUAACAGUAGUAUUCCUCUGAGAACUUUUCACACAAAUUACAGAACAAUGAGCAGUACUGCUGAAGUGGAUGACACCGAUCCAGAAUUGAAUAAUAACGUUGAAUUAAAGAGCGUGCAUUUUAUAAACAUUCCACAAGUCUACAUAGUGAAAGUAGAUAAUGACAUUAUCAAAAUAAACACCAGAAGGUCAUUUUAA